AUGGACCCCCUCACCUGUGCGAGCAAGCUCCAGCUCGAUGCGCGCAGCGCUGGAGAAGCCCAGAGCUCCUCCUCCCCAAGGCAGAGAUCCACCUUCAGUUUGCUGGAGCCUUGGAGUGGCGCGCUUCUUGAAGGCCAAGGCGCCGACGAAGUUGUGGUUGAGAUGCAGCAGGAGGUUGAGCUGAGGGAGGAGCUGCGAGGAUCCCGGUGCGUGAAGCACGCAGGUGAAGCAAGGCAAAGUGAAGGAGAUGAUGAGCGAAAGAUAGGCAGCCUGUCGCAUUCCUCUGACUUGCAGGAGAAGAACGUGCGCAAGAAGAAGAAAGUCAGGCUUGUUAAGCGGUGCAGAAGCAAACCGCGUGCGGUGAAGACAGAUGCUGAAGUGACAGGCGAAGCAAGUCAAAGUGAAGCAGAAACAAAUCAAAGUGAAGGAGAUGACAAACUGCGGUUCAGCACCAGGGAUGCAUUUCUCCGCCGGAUGACGAUGAGAAAUCUCAGCGCGACAGACCUACUCGAGGACUUGCAGAAGAAGAAGAAGACAGGACAAUUUAGUUUCUUUGAGCAUUUGGCUUUGGCGUUGCUUGGCAGGCUGAGUCAAGCUGAAUAUUCGUGGCACGCAGCAAAUGGUUAUAAGACAAAGGGAGAUUAUUUAACCUGUCUUCUCUUUGCAUUUGUCAUGAGCCUCGGACGUUUGAUGGUCUUUGUUCUUCCACUUGCUUGCCUGAUCUAUGGAGGGAUCUUGGUGGUGAAGGAAGGCCCUCAUUUGGAGGACAUCCAAGAGAUCGCGCAAGUCGCAGGGAAACAACCAUAUUGGAUGAUGCUGUUCUCAGGCAUCGUUGGAGCAGCAACCACCAGCGCUGUCCUGGGGCCACCCAAGCUUCGCCACGCAGAGGAUCAGGAUUCCCCUGAAACGUGGAGGCAACACUUGGCACACUUGGCAGUGCCUGCCAAAACGAGUAUUACUCUUUGCUUCCUCUUCUGGACCCUUUGGACUUGGUGGGAAGAGCUUUUGCAGCUUCACCAGAUUGCCCUGAAACAGCAAACGGCCAGCUCUCCUGUGCUGCGCACCCUCAUGCUUGCCAUGGUCCAAGCUGCCACAAGCACACAGUGGGGCAGGUUUGUCGAUCAAUUUGUUUUGCUCUUGGUCUUCCAUGACUAUCUGAACUUCCGAGCAGCUCACCAGGCUGGCUUUGUAGAAAAGUGGGAUGACUACACAAAAAAAGUACAUGAGACCGAGGAGAGCAUGUUGAAGCGCGCCAGCAUCGCACAACCUUUCAAUUCAGGAGCCAUUGACCAAGCCUUUGCACGUUCAGUGCUCGACACACCACGCUUGGUGGCAUUGAUGAAAGCAGCAACACAAGAGAAUGGACGGGUAUGGACCAUCUACAUGGUGGUACUCCUUGCAAGGUGCUGGACCUUUGGUUGGGUGACAAGUCUCGUGUACCUCCCUCUUUUCUUGCUCUUCUAUCCCUGGGUGAUUGUCAUCAUUCUCCUCUUCAUGAUUGUGCUUCGCUUGACCCUGGUACAGCCUCUCAUGAAGUUGUUCAUCUAUCGCAAACAACAUCAAGGGGAGAGUCACAAAGCAGGGUCAGGUGAUGGUUCUGGCCAAAAGGACCUGGAGGCAGGUGGUUUGAAUGAACCAGGUGGUCAUCGAGGGAGCUUAGUCAUCACAGUACGUCCAGAUGGUUCCGAGGAUACCAUUACGCCAUGCCCUCGUGAAGAGGGCGAGAAAUCCCUGAAGACUCUGACGCGAGUGAUGGCUCUGACAGGUUUUGGGCCCGGACAUUGCGAUCGUGCUGUGCCUCACCUCUUGUACACCACCUGGUACUCUGAGUUCGAGCCCCCGGAGAAGUUGCGAAAAGACUAUGACCGUGAAAUACAGACUCUAUGUGCCACUGGAAUCACCCGAGAUGGGUGGUGUUACAUUGUCAUGUAUUCGGUGGUGGGCAAAGUCAUGAUGGAUUUCAUCGUUGUGGCCAUGUCACGCUUUGUGGCUGGAGCUGGAUAUUUUGAGUCACUGUCGCUUACCUUGACAGAUCGCAGCUUGAUGAGUUUUUUGGAGCCAAUGCGUUACAUGCCCUUCAUUCGCCAGGUGUUCGCCUGGGUUGACGUCAUUUGGUGA